AUGGGCAGGGAUUUCUGCAGCGAGGGGCUGCUCAGCGUGGCCACGAGGAUGAGGGAUAGCAAACCCGCCCUGGUAGAGCCGGUGCCGGGGCAGACCUCCAUCAGGCAGCCCCUGCUGUGGGGGCUGGGGCUGCUGCUCUGGCAUCCCGCCGGUGCCAGCGGCCCUUGCUGGGAGAGCAGCAAAUGCCAGGACCUUGCCAGCGAGGCCGGCGUUUCGGGGGGGCACAAACGGGAGGAGGCGGCGGGGGGUAACCCACCACCGGCAUCGCUGCCCGCCGUCCCCCCGUCCCGCCGCGAGGAAGAGCAGGGAACCGGGCUGGAGCGGGAGGAAGGCAAACGCUCCUACUCCAUGGAGCACUUUCGCUGGGGAAAGCCGGUGGGACGCAAGAGGAGACCCAUCAAGGUCUACCCCAACGGGGUGGAGGAGGAGUCGGCCGAGAGCUUCCCGCUGGAGUUCAGGCGGGAGCUGGCGCUGGGCGGAACCGGGGCACCACCCGAGGAGGGAGAGGCGGAGCACGCGCCCUUGAAGGACAAGCGCUACGGGGGCUUCAUGACCUCGGAGCACAGCCAGACCCCUCUAGUGACUCUCUUCAAAAAUGCCAUCAUCAAAAGCGCCUACAAGAAGGGGCAGUGA